UAGCAGGCAAACAAAGCUAUUCUUUGACUUGGUGAUUAUUUUUGUCUGGAUAUUUAUACUUGGAAUAGACAAAAAUGGCCGCCAGCAGAGAUGACGAAUAUGAAUGGAGGGAAGACUCGGAUGAGGAAGAAGAGACCAAGCCCCCAGCUCCACCGGCCAAGAUGGCGCAUCUAGAUGACCUCUAUCUCUCAUCCAGCGACGUUUCUUCUUCAGAUGAUGAUGGAGAUGGGAUUGCUGCAAGGUCUCCUGGUCUUGAUGAUUCCAAAGAUAUCGGAGAGCAAGACGAAGAGGAUGAUGAGCCACCAGUGAAGUGUUCCAAGACAGAGGAGGACGAGGAUGACCUCUCCAUCUUGUCCUCCCCGCCCCUCACUCCCCCGCCCCUCUCUCCUACCAGUAGCUUGUCACCGGGCGUGGUCUCCCAGGAGAACACUACUAGCCCCUCCACACCAAAAACUCAGGAAGAACAGGAAACCUUGGAUGAUGACAGUGAAAAGGAAGAUGACAGUGGAAAGGAAGAAGAAGAAGAGGAUGAAAAGGAGAGAGAAGAAACACCCAAAACAAGAGCGAAAGAGGAAGAAGACGAGGAUAGAGAUGAAGAGUCGGGGGGCGUACAGCUGCCCCUCUUCAGCGGGAUAGGGGGUAGCCUGGAGGACUCAAUCAGCAGGCCUAGACUCCAUGAGGAGGCAGGGCCAUCGUCAAGGCAACGGAGUGAGCGUGAAGAUGUCGCAGGGAGCAGUGCCGAAGCUAGCCAAGGUGAAUCAAGCAGCGCUGCUAGGGAUACAGGACAGACGGAGAGAGACACUCCGGGAGGUUCCAAGGGACCUACGGAGCAGGCUCCAUCGGCUCCAGUCGACCCAGCCAGGGAGGCCUACCGGAAGAGAUUGAGACAGGAUGCAGAGGAGAGACAAAAAAUGCAAAUUCUUGUCUCAGCCUUCUCAGAGGAACAGCUCAACCGAUACGAGAUGUUCCGGCGAUCUUCGUUCCCGAAAGCUGCCAUCAAACGCUUCAUGCAGUCAAUUACCGGGAGCUCCGUGUCGCAGAACGUCGUCAUAGCGAUGUCAGGGAUAGCCAAGGUUUACGUCGGAGAGAUUGUUGAGCAUGCUCUGGACGUCAUGGAGCAAUGGGGUGAUGUACCCCCUCUACAGCCCAAACAUAUACGGGAAGCUGUAAGGAGAAUGUCAAGCGAGGGAGGCACAGCGCAUUACAAGAGGACUCGAGCCUUGUUUAGUUGAUUACUGCUUUUGGAGCUUUAUAACAAUGCAGUAAAAGGGAUGUACCCCCUCUACAGCCCAAAAAUAUACAGGAAGCUGUAAGGAGAAUGCCAAUUGAGGGCCACAGCGCAUUACAAGAGGACUCGAGCCUUGUUUGGUUGAUGACUAAUGUUGGAGGUCUAUGACACUGCAGCAACCCUCACUUGAACCCUUGGAUAUCUUGGAAGCUGUUAGGAGAAUGUCCAGAGGACUUGGGCUGUCUUCGGUCGAUAGCUAUUGCGAAAGAGCUACCAAAUAUUGCAACAUCUUGUAGCAGUUCGGGAUGUACCCCCUCUACAGCCCAAACACAUGCAGGAAACUGUAAAAAGAAUGCGAGGACACACGGCACAUUUCAAGAGGACUUUAGGUGUGUUUACAUCAAGACCAAGUUGAAGAUAAUGCAUGGAGCCAUACAAAUCAUGACAUUGUAAUUAUGACAUCAUGGAACAGUUAAAGGAGUAAUUCACGCUCCAUCCUAAGACUUGUGAGGAGAAAUUAAGCCCAUUUCCAGAGCAUUCAAGAUUCAAUUACAGGUACAUGUAUACACAUGCAUUAUGUACAAGGUAGGGG